GCGUCGCCUGCGAGUUCGCUGCCAUCGAAAUAACGCAGUGCCCGCAGUAUUGUCGCGUACAGCAAUGGAGAAGGAAGAUUUCAUAGAGGAAGUACGCAAGCGAGAAUUUUUAUGGGAUAAGAAAAAGAUACCAUUGGGAAGGCAGCAGCAAAAAAUAACCGACGAACUAUGGCAAGAAGUAGCGGACGUUUGUAAAAUAACAAAGUCCACAGCCAAAAUAAAGUGGCGCAGUUUACGCGAUCAAUUCUUGAAGGAAUUAAAAAAAGUGCCAGUCUACACCAGCGGCGAUAGUUAUUACAUUGACGAGCGUGAAAAACCGAAAUGGACACAUUUUAACAGUUUAAUUUUCUUACUAAACACCCACAUACCCCGCAAAGAAGUUAUUGAUAUUAGGCCCGAAUCGAUAAUUGAUAUACGUUCGCCCGAUUCGGUGCAUAGCUGGGAUGAGAACAAAAGUCAAAUCGAAGAUAUACCACCCACAUUAGAGACGCCUGAAACUAACGACACAUACAAUCACUUUCCCAGCAUACGGAAAGUUUACACGCUGGACGAGGAACUUGAGAAUGCCAACUCGUGUGUAACUGAAUGGAAACAUGAGCCCUCGGAAGCGAAUGCGUGCGAUGAGGGUAGAUUACAAAUAGAAUAUGAACCACCACCUUUUGUUGCGGUCGCACCACAAAUGGUAGAUCCGAAAUAUGCGAAGAAUAAGCGUGGCUACACAUGCAACGCCGAGGAAUACGGCGAGUCGGCGGUCGCACAACCGCGCGAUGAACUGCACAAUUGUCCGAGCAAGAAAGCAGCAAUUGAGCUGGACAAAUCAGUUGAGCCACGAACGGCAGCCGAGUCGAAUGAGGAUAAUGAAAAUUUACUGUUCUUUCGCUCACUUUUGCCUUAUAUGAAUCGCUUGGAUAUAGUGCAGCAGUUGCGGGUGCGUACGCGGUUUCAGGAAAUUUUAAUGGCGGAAUUGGGAUCUACCAGACACUAGUCUAGUGAGGAAGAUGAAAUAUUUCAAUCAAACACAAACCUACGCAUUUUAUAUUUAAAUUGUAAAUAAAGUUAUUUUUUUAAUAA